CUCCCAGAAUUCGAUAGUUCUCGAAAGGGACAGUGCAGGUUCAAAUUAGGUGAGAGUGCGAUUAACACCGCAGCCGACUAAUCGUAAAACAGGCAACGUUGUGCGUUUUUAAGGUACUGUUUUGAGCAUUGGCGCUUAGCUGGGAGUUCAAUACGCCUAUAGAAAACUGCCAUCGUUGCACAGAGGAUUAAUGCAUUUGAAAGAACAUGAGCGACAGAGUCGAAAAAGGCCCCACCACUCGCAAAAGAAGAAGUUCAAUCUCUGGAGCCGCCUUUGCUAACGCUACUUUGAAACAAGCAAAUGGCAAAUUCGCUGUCAGUAAAAAUAAUAAAGUAUCAAAUCUGAAGCAGGACGGGAACAGCAGUUCGAAGGAAAAUGUAUACGAAUCGCCUGUUACUGCAGCAGAAGAUAGAGGGAAAAAUGAAAUUCUGUACUUUGGUAAACUCAGUUGCCACAAGCUGCAGGAAUCCUUGCUCAGCUCUGCCAGUGGCUACAGCAAUUACAGGGGAAUCCUCAACUGGUGCGUUGUUAUGCUGGUCUUGAGCAAUGCACGUCUUUUCCUGGAAAACCUCUUGAAUUAUGGAAUACUGGUGGACCCCAUUCAAGUGAUCUCACUAUUCUGGCAGGACCCUUACAGUUGGCCAUCAGCUUGCCUUGUCAUUGUCUCGAAUGUGUUCAUACUGGCCGCUCUGUACACAGAGAGAAGGCUGUCUGUGGGCACCUUCAGUGAGCAAUUUGGUACGACCGUUCACUGUGUCAACCUGACGACCAUCCUGUGCUUCCCAAUGAUCACCAUUCUGAUGCUGGACUCUGUCACCCCGGUUGGUGGAGCCUUUGCUCUGGGUGUGUACACCAUCCUCUUCCUGAAGCUGUAUUCCUACAAAGAUGUGAACAAGUGGUGCAGAGGAAUUCAGCAUGCGAAAGCUCGCACUCUUUCCAGAUCCAUUUCAUGCCCCGCAGUUCAGAGGUCAAGUAGAGGGGAACGACAAGACAAGGUGUCUUACCCUGGGAACCUCACUCUCAGGGAUUUGUACUACUUUGCCUUUGCCCCGACACUCUGCUACGAGUUGAACUUCCCCCGAUCUCCACGGAUACGCAAGAGCUUCCUGCUCAGAAGGCUUUUUGAGAUGCUAUUCUUCAUGCAGUUAUUGGUUGGAUUAAUACAGCAGUGGAUGGUGCCCUCCAUUCAGAAUUCAAUGAAGCCAUUCCAGGAUAUGGACUUUUCCAGAAUGAUUGAACGGCUCUUAAAACUUGCUGUGCCCAAUCACUUCAUCUGGCUCAUCUUUUUCUAUUGGUUUUUUCACUCAUCCAUGAACUUUGUAGCUGAGCUCAUGCAGUUUGGAGACAGGGAGUUCUACAGGGACUGGUGGAACUCGGAGACAGUCACGUACUUCUGGCAGAACUGGAACAUCCCAGUGCACAAGUGGUGCCUUCGUCACUUCUACAAGCCAAUGCUGAAGAGAGGAGUCAGCAAGUUGAUGGGGCAGGCAGCUGUGUUCCUGGUUUCAGCAUUUUUCCAUGAGUACCUGGUCAGUGUUCCACUGAAGAUGUUCCGGCUGUGGGCGUUCAUGGGCAUGAUGGCUCAGCUUCCUCUGGCCUGGUUCGUGGGCCGAUUUCUCAGGGGUACCUAUGGCAAUGCAGCAGUGUGGAUCUCACUCAUCAUUGGUCAGCCCAUUGCAGUACUUAUGUAUGUCCACGACUACUAUGUUCUCAACUUUGGUGAAACAGGAGCAGCCUAAAUGCUAGUCCCGUCCAUGGUACCCUACUUUUUUAAACAAUGGGAAUAUGAGCACAAAUUUACAUUGAGAUUUAUUCUGUGUAAAAAAAAAGAAAAGAAAAAAAAAACAUUUUAUACAGUAAAUAUUUGUGGUUUGAUUAAACAGAAAAUAUUUUUGUAAUGUUAAAACAUUUUCUUGUUAAAUAGGCUUUAAAGAAAUAAGGCAUUCAAAAAUAGAAUUGUAACUGCAUAUAUUUGUAUUGUAUCUAAAGUGGUCAUAUCACCUUCUUCCUUUAAACUUUGCACUGAAUUUUUGUAGAGAUUGUACCAUCCAACAGUACUGCAGUUAGUCUGAAACACUCUCCAAAGAAUAGAUUUGCCUUCCUCAUUCCUCUUGUCUGUACUUUUCUGUGGUAUUGGAAGAUCAAAUGCAUUAAUUGCUUAUUGAUACAUAAUAGACUUUUGUGAACUGUUCAAGAAAUAUUUUUGACUGAGCACAUUAGCUGAUAAUAUUUAAACUGCUCAAGAUUCAUCCAUCUGUCAAUUAACAAAUUUGUCCAACUGAAAAUAAAACUCAUGUAUAGCGUCCAUAUUUAUGCUCCUGGUGCUCCAUUUUUGCACUACAGCGGCCCUGAAAAUGUGUGGUAGUAGUAAUAAAUACACACACACACACACACACACACACAAAAACAGUCAUAGGCUAAACCUUAAGUUUUCCAAAAUUAACCGUUUGGAACAUCAUUAAAAAGAAAGAAUGCACCGGUGAGCUCAGUAAUCACUAAGGGCCUAUGUCCCAAACAUUAUGGAGAUCACGGUACAUAAAUUCAUUUAUUUAAUACUUCUUUACAAGGUUUUGCUGCGUAGGAUGCUAGGACUUAAUGUUUGUCCCAAACAUUAUGAAGCUCAUUGUGUAUAUAUAAACACACACAAAAUUUAACUUCUUGCCAAUGAACUGUUUAAAAUAUAUUUUUAGGUUGGCAACAUUCCAGUGUAGUGAAAUUGUGUCUGCAAUUCUGUAAUUUAAUUUGUAUAACAUACAAUGUGUAUAGUUUGCUGAAAGAGAAGACAUAAUAUCAGCACUUUCAUAUAGCAAUAAAAUGUGAUGUAUCAUCUGGGAGGACUUGUGCUCCUAGCAGUAUUGUUCUGUUAUUUCCAUUCUCUGAUAAGAGACUGCAGUUUAUAUACUCAUUUAUUCCCCCCCGACUCCUAGCAUUGAUUUUGCCUGUUUUUGCGCUGCAAAUAAAAACAAUGUGUGUCCAAAUGUU